CCCUGGGCUGAGCCGCCCUGGCAGUGCCUGGGCACCAUCCCCGCCUCUCCAGUGACAGCGACUCAGUCCCCAGAGCCCAGGGCCUAGGCGGGCGCCCCGGCAAGACUCCCAUUGAUGGCAGUGGGCUUGGACCAUGCCCCACGGGACCGACAGAAAACCCAAGCCCAGCUCCCCCUACUCCUGCUCUCUCUGUCCCUCUCUCCUCAGCCAUGAGACCCCAGCGGCUCCAGCAUCCCUCUCCCAGGGGCCCCCUGGCCUGGCUGCUGCUUCUCCUGGUGCUGCCGGGGGCUGCGCAGGGCUCGUUUGAGGUGAGCGUUUUGCCGGAAGCUGCCGUGGUGGGGCACAGAGGGUCCAUCUGGAUAAACUGCAGCACCACAUGCCGGGAUCCUGGUGCCAGGGGCGGCCUCGAGACCUCGCUCACCAAAACCGAUAGGAAAAAUGGAUCCCGGUGGGAGGCCUUUCGCCUCGUCAAUAUCACGGAGUGGGCGUCGACACUUAAAUGUUUCUUCACCUGCGGUGGAAAUACGACGCUGGUGGCGUAUGCAAACAUCUCCAUUUACCAGGCGCCGGAGCGGGUGGUGCUGGAGCCGCUCCCGGAGCUGGAGCUGGGCCGGGCCUAUAACCUGACGUGCCGGGUUCUGAAGGUGGCUCCCGUCACGCACCUCACCGUGACCCUCCUCCAGGGGGGACGGACCCUGCACACGGAGACCUUCCAGAGCCGCAACAGGACCGGACCCCACGACGUCACGGUGACCCAGGAGAUCACCCCUCGGCGAUGGGACCACGGGCAGCAGGCCACCUGCCACACCACCCUGGACCUGACACCGCACGGGCCACUCUUGCAAAGCAGCUCCUCUGCGGUGGAGCUCCAGGAGGCCGGGGCUGCAGAACCAUCCUUUAAUGUGAGCGUUUGGCCGGAAGCUGCCGUGGUGGAGCAUGGAGGCUCCAUCUGGUUAAACUGCAGCACCACGUGCCGGGAUCCUGGUGCCUCGGGCGGCCUGGAGACCUCGCUCACCAAAGCCGAACAUAAAAAGGGGUCCAGCUGGAUGGCCCAGGAGCUGGUCAAUAUCCGGGAGUGGGUGUCGGUCGUUCAGUGCUACAUCUACUGCUAUGGAAACAUAACACUUGCAAAUGCCAAUAUCACCACUUACCAGGUGCCGGAGCGGGUGGUGCUGGAGCCGCUCCCCGAGAUGGAGCUGGGCCAGGCCUAUAACCUGAAGUGCCGGGUUCUGAACAUGGCUCCCGUCACACACCUCACCGUGACCCUCCGCCAGGGGAGACGGACCCUGCACACGGAGACUUUCCAGAACCGCACCGGGACCGGACCCGACAACGUCACGGUGACCCAUGAGAUCACCCCUCAGCGACAGGACCACGGGCAGGAGAUCACCUGCCACGCCGCCCUGGACCUGACACCGCACGGGCAGCUUUUCCAAUUCUCCUCCCCUGCAGUGGAGCUCAGGGUUUUUGAUCUCCCGGAGGAGCCCCGGCUCCAAACCUCCCUCUAUAUCGAGGUGGGCACCAAGGCGCUCGCCCGCUGUGGGGUGGCUGGGGUCUUCCCCGUCGCGGGAGAGGCCCGGUUCAACCUGUCCUUUGGGGGAGAGAGCCUGAACUUCACCGUCACCACAUCGGGCGACACGGCCACCGCCCAGGGCGAGGUUUGGUCCCCGUCCCCAGGACAGCACCAGCUGAACUGCACCGUGUCCGUGGGGCCCGUGUCCAGAUCCGCAGGGCAGAGCGUUCUCGUUUACAGUUUCCCUCAGCCCGUCCUGGAGAUCGACCAGCCACAGGCCCUCGUGAACAGGAACGUGAGCAUCACGUGCCUUUCCCCUGCCUCCCAGCCCCCCGGCAUGACGCUACAGCUCAGAGACGCCGAGCGAACCCUGGCGUCCGGGCACCCGCCCCGCCUGCAGCUCACGCUGACGACCCGCAAGAGAGACAACGGGAGGCAAUUCACGUGUGAAGGGAACCUCAUGCUGGGCAACCAUUCCCUCGUAAAGAACACGUCCGCCCAGCUCGUCGUCCUCUACGCGCCUACGCUGGAUGAGCCCGGCUGCCCAAGUCACCAGACAUGGCUCGAGGGGACCCCGCAGCAGCUGGCCUGUGAAGCUGAUGGCAACCCGACGCCGGAGGUCUCCUGCAGCAAGGACAGCCCGGUGUACACUACCGGCGACGUGCAGAACGUCAUGAGAGGCCACGCGGGGCUGUAUCGCUGCCGCGCCACCAAUGCCCACGGGACGGACGACAGAAACGUGACAAUCCAUGUUGAAUAUGGGCCUGAAAUAGACGAUGCCGGCUGUGCCGGGACCCGGACCUGGGUGGAGGGGACGGAGCAAAGCUUGGCCUGCCUGGCGCGGGGGAACCCAGCACCGGCCGUGGUGUGCACGAAGGACGGGGUGCCCUAUGACGUGGGGGUGCAGCAUCGGGUGGCGAGAGAGCAUGCUGGGACCUACCACUGCAACGCCACCAACGCCCGCGGCUCGGUCAGCCGGCACGUGACCGUCCAGGUGGAGUACAAGCCCACCAUGGACGAGUCCAGCUGCCCCAGUACCCAGGCGUGGCUGGAGGGGACCCUGCACACCCUGGCCUGUGAGGCGGACGGGAUCCACGUCCCAUGCACCAAAGAGGGAGCAGCCGACGAGUUUGGCGGCGAGCGGAAUGUGAGCAGGAAUGACUCCGGCACCUACCAGUGCACGGCCAGGAACCGCCACGGGUCGGCGACGAGGGUGGUCACCGUGCGGGUGGAAUACAGGCCCGUUGUCUUGCUCCUGGCCAUCAGCCCUUCUGCCACCGUCCCACGCGGCGCCAGUUUCAACAUCAGCUGCCGCGCCGAGGGCUCCCCAGCGCCCGCCUACCGCUGGACCGUGCCCCCCGCCCCCAACGUCCACUGCUCGGCCGAUAACAGCACCGUGAGCGUGGCCGGCGCUGACCGGCACAACCGGGGUGUUUACGUCUGUAGAGUCUCCAACGCCCACGGGCAGCACCUGGGCCAGGUCCAAAUCCAGGUGACAGAUCACAGAUUCAUCGUCGCCGCCCUGAUCGCGGGGGCGGCCGUGCUGCUGCUGGGUGGGACGGCCGGGCUCGUCUAUUACCUCAAAUCCACCGCCUGCAAGAAGGGCGAGUACAACGUGCAGGACGCCGAGAGCUCCUCGAAAGCCGCCUGCCUCGGCCGCGACGGUGCCGUCUACGGGAUACAGCUCACCCAGACCUGAGCCGGCCGGCGGCCGGAGCCACCCACACGGGGCUGCUGGAGGGGAACCCGGCGGUGCGUCCCUGGGGCCGGGCUGCCUGGUUUGGUUGGUUGGUCGUUGUUGCCUCCUCCAGCCACUUUGGAAGCUCCGGCCGAGCUGUGUUCUUGGUCCAGACCCGGCCUGUCUCCGUCCAGCCACCUCCUCAUGCAGCUUCUGCCCUCGGAUCUGCUCUGCCCUUUUCCCUUCCCCGGCCCUGCCCCUGGAACUUCCGGCUUGUCGCCGAUCCAGACAGCUGGUGUCUUGCCUUAAAUAUCCGUUCUCCGGCUUGGGGAAAUGGGUCAUGAGCUGGCCCCGACCAGGCCAUGACUGUACUGGAGCGUGCGGGGGGGAGGGAGGGGGUUGCCUAACCCAGCGCCUGGGGGGACUGGCACGGGCAGGGGAGAAUGGGUACGGCACCCGCUGGGAUCCGAACGUCUAGGUUCCAGAUUCCAACCCGGGGGGAGGCAGGGGCCACCAAACACAGUCAGGGGCCUGUGGGGAAACGAAUGUGCUGGGUCUCCGUCCCCGUGCUAGCAGGAAUGGGUCAGUCUGUCCUCAGAUAUAAGAACAGAAGAACGGCCAGCCUGGGUCAGACCAAAGGUCCAUCCAGCCCAGCGUCCUGUCUCCUGACAGUGGCCAAUGCCAGGUGCCCCAGAGGGAAUGAACAGAACAGGGAAUCAUCAAGUGAUCCAUCCCGUCACCCAUUCCCAGCUUCUCGCAAACAGAGGUAGGGACACCAUCCCUGCCCAGCCUGGCAAAUAGCCAUUGAUGGACCUGUCCUCCAUGAAUGUAUCUAGCUCUUUUUUUGAACAGACGGAACAGCUGGGGGCCGGCGUGGGUCACGUGUCCUGCUAGGAACAGCGCCGAGACCCAGCAAACUCGUUUCAUCACAGGCCACCAAGUUUAUGGUCUGAGCGCCCCGUGACCCCUGUCAGUCAGCGUUUAGGUGCGGCUCCCGCUCCUGCUCCGGGGUAACGACAGCCGCAGCCUGUUAAACUUCCCUUCCUGCCUCAGAGACAGCCAGGGAUCCCCCCCACGUCUGCCCCCAGCUUGCAGGGGGCAGUGAAUUCCUGCACUUUGCUGGCUUGCUGUUUCUGGGCCCUCGGAUGGUGCAAAUCAGCAUCGCUCUACUGACCCAAGCUCUGACUGUCGUAGGAGUCGCGUUCGCAGUGUGGUGCUGGCGUCCUGGGCCCGUCGAGCUGUUCUUUAGAGACAAUAUAACACCACAGCGUGUUUUGUGUGAUUGUUGUGGGGCAGAAUUAAACAGCAGCCCCCCUCCUUCCCCGCCCACAUCCCCCACUUCCAUGGGCAGAAUGCCACAGGAAACUUGCAGAGGCCAGAAAAAAAGCCUCCAUCUGCUGGCUUUGCGCAAGCUUGUUCCAGAACAGGCGCUGUGGAUGUCUCUCUCCCGGCAGUCUUAAUUACCAAGCACAGACUUUGUUCUCUAGCAACUGACGAAUUUAGCACAUCGGUGACAGCCUCAUGGCUGAGCUGCGGGGAAAAACAGCUCCUCCUUGGCACACGCCUGGCAAGCAAUACAUGAAGCAGGUGGGAAAAGCAGCUUGCAGGGUAGCGUGCUGCACGAUGACACGCUGCCGGCCUCGGGGGCUGUGGGACUUCAUGUUGCUGCACGCUCAGCGAAGAGGUGUGAUAGCCAAUCGGCUAGGUACUGGGACCUGCCGAGCGAGGGCCAGACCCGCCGCUGGCGCCAGCGAAUGGGUUAUGGUGGGAUGCCCAGUCAUGGCCCAAGGCCCGAUUGUGCAAGGUGCUGUACGUUAUGUAUUAUGAUCCCACCGCUCCUAGGCCAGGCCACCCUGCACUAAGCUCUGUACAGACACGGACCUGCUGCGUUAAAUCAUGGAGCCACGCUGCUUUACGCCAGCGGACGAUCUGGCCCGUAAACGUAACCAGCCUGUCAAACGCUUGUGAUUCUCUUUCACUUUCCAGGCAGGUUUUGAGACACCCGGGGCUCCAUUUUCAUCCUGUUGCGUGAGCAGAAUGUUUGAGGUUCUUUGGUUUAUUUUUUGGACUGGGCAGAGCAGCUCAGAGGGGGGGCGGGGGGCGUCUAGCCUGUCCUGGCUCAUCCCAACCGGGGCGUGGGAUCCCCGGAGGGCUCAGUGAUGGGCUGUUCUGCUACCGGGGUCGAUGCUGGGUCCUGCUUUGGAAGUGGAAGAUUUAGGGACAGGUUCAACCCAAGCGUCUCUGCUGAGGACGUUCCCACUAGAGCAUUCAGCAGGGCCGGCCCCAGCCAAGCCUGGCUUUAGGGCUGCAGCCAGCCAGGCUGGUCUCUGCCAGUGGGGCUACUGGGCUAAGGAUCCUACCAGCGUAGGGCUGACCUGAGCCGGAGCGAACCCACUGCGUUCGUCAGGAGCCGUUCCAGGGAGAUUUCCAGCAGCAGAUCUGGCUCCGGUUCAAACCCCCUUUGUGCCGGCCAUGUGCUCGCAGCAGCGAGGGGAAGGAGCCUGCAGGUAGUUUGAAGCCCCCUUUGCACUCCCUGUUUUCCACCCGCCCCUGGGUGUAAGUGACGCUCUGCUUCCCACGCCCACCUGGCCCGCCGAGAAUCCCUUGCGGCUACGCCCAUAGGCUCCGUCUGUCCCCGGGGUUGAGCCCUUCUGCCAUCUCUGCACCUGCCGGCCCCCCUGCCCCAUGGGGAUUUCUAAAGGGCUGCUUCCACCCACCGUGAGGCCCCUUUCUGCGGUGACCUGAGCAUCCCAGAGACUCAGGCUGUGAGUCAUCUGAGCUUCCCCUCCCCCCGGUGGUAUUCUGUAGAGGGUUUACACAGGCUUAAAGUUCCCCGUUCAACCGCAAGCUACAACCGGAAUGUACUAAUGAAGGGCUUCGUUUGGGGCGGGUUUCGCUAACGAGUGUGGGCCCUUCUCUGAUCGCAGCUGAACCAGCUGCAAACUUUUCCAGGGGCUCAUUGCAUUGGUGAAGCUCCGCUGGGUAAAAGGGCUAUUUUCCAGUCGAGUUUCUAACGGCAUUUGUACGUUCUCUCUCGCUCCCCCCAGCCUGGGCUUGAGGAAUGGGCCUGCGUCAUUGUGAGCUGCACUAUAAUUAAUGUUCGGGGUGGGCGGGCGGGCGCCCACGAUGCACUAGGUAAUGAACGAGCUCUCAGCAGUGCUGGCCUCUCAGCUUGGGAAGGGUUUUAAAACAUGCUUCCCCGAGGAAUAAGAAAGGACAAGUUGGUAAAGUUGGGUUUAAAAAAAGCUGUGAUGAUAGUUCCACAAUGCCACCCCCCACCCCCUGCUGGGCCCGAGUGCUCCCAGGCCGCAGAAAUGACUCAUUCUGCACGCCUACAAUGUGUAUCAAAAGCCACAACGAACUCCCCUUCACACCGCUCCACGGUGGCUGGUAUACCUGGGGGUUGGCUAGGCUGUGCUACAAUGUAAAAAGCAAUAGGCGCGUGAUCAGGUAAUUAAUCUGUUACAGAAGGUUGCAGCGUGUUUAAUUGCAUUCACUAAAACGGCACAGAAACGACAGGCAAACAGGCGCUCAGUGGGUGUCACAACAGUCGUGCAAGAGUGACAAUGCGCGAUGGUAUUGCUGUUUGAGCGGUUGGCCGUGGACUAGCCCUGGUCUUCGCUAGACUCCUACGCGCAUGUGAGCCUGGGUUUGGCGCCAGCACUGGCCCAGUGCUCUCUCUGGGGGGAGUUUCCGAGCCAGUUCUCUAGCAGAUUGAACAUUCACCUCUUCCCCCCGGCCCAGUGUUUUACUGCCGAGAGCACGGGCAGCCGGUCGUCCUGCCUCUCCAGAAUCGGCAGCUGGGUAACGGGUGAAAUGUUGG